UCAAAAUAGGCUAUGAAAAUAUGGAAAGAAUAGAUAGAUAUAAAACAUUAUCUAUGCAUGAGUUCAACUUUAAGUCUUUUACAACACCUGCUUCGCUACACUGAAGUCGGGCAUCUCGGUGUAUGGCGAUUUGAAUCGUCUUCGCUUUCGCAAUAUAAAUUGUGUUACCACUUGCUCUUUUCCCGAGCAAAUAUUUCUGAUGUUUGUGCGAUUGCCUCAAGGGUUUACUCAUCUUGGGAAAGAAACAAAGCUGUUCAAAAUCAUCGUCUUUGGAAGUUUACAAAAGCAGCCCGAAAGCUCAGUCAUUAUAAGCCUGGCAGGCACUGAUUCUGGUAUGUGCACAUUAGCCGCUAAAAUCUACAAGGAAAUUCCUGAUCGCAUCAGAAAUACGUUUUCGGUGCUUCCCAGCCCACAAGUCUCAGAAGCAGUAGGAAGUGGCCGAGCGGAUGCUUAUUAUACUAAGCAAAACUUUAUAGCACUUGGUGCACCGGUUUCUUCACAGUGCUAUGAAAGAUUUUGCCAUAGAGCACUUUUUCAUUGGUGUAUUGCUGAAGAUAUAGAUGAACUGGAAUUCCCAAAUGCCGAACCGACCAUGGAUGAUCUGGUUUCUGAUUCUCACCAAUAUCAGUUUCAAGUCAUCUUAGCCGUACAAGUUCCAGAUUUCGUUGUCAAAAAUGGAAUGGCGGAUGAGAAGCGCUACCGGUUAAAGGAAGCUCGAACUAAUGCUUCCAGUAACGUAAGAAAAACUCGUUGUUCACUGACACAGACCAUAGAUUUCUAA